AUGCUUUCUGUUGUCUCUCCUACAGAUUCCUCUGCCACCAUCUUCUGUCCUCCCAGGAACUUUCAUUUCCUUCCACAACUAUCAAUUCAGGGCUACCCACAUUCCAGCGUGUCUACCAAGGCCUGUCUCAAGCUGCCCGCAGAAAUCAUCCUACUCAUCGCGGAACACCUGUGGAUGCUCACUGGGCAAGCCAAGAAAAAGGAAGCGCUCAUGGCUCGUCAACGCAACAUGAGGAACUUUUCUGAGGUCUCAAAAGCCUUCCACUGGGCUGCCGCGAGAUGGCUCUAUCGUUGCCCCGAGCUUGGAACUGGUGAGAGCCUGAUCAAGUUUGAGAGAACCGUGAGCCAGUAUGGCACCAAACUCGGAAGAUGGCUUCAGGUUCUUGAAUUAGGAAAAAUCGAACCAGGUAUCCACAACGAACUACUUGCAAGAUUGCUUUCUCAAACAAAACCUGUCAUAUUUGAGGCCCCACCGACUCCCUUUGGGGUGGAAGGAUUGACUGCCCUUUCCGCAAGUGAGAACAUUCAGAAAUUGGACCUUGGUCGAGUCAGCGGCAUUGAAUUUCUAGACUUGAAGCAGACCAUCAGUCACUUACCGCAACUGGAACACGUCACUCUUCCAUUUGAAAUGGCGAUUGUCGACAUCGAUAUCUCUGUUGGAGACUGGCCCGCCUCUAUUGAGAGCAUCACGCUUGGAGGGACUCUUGACCCUGAUGUGAUGCAUAAUUUCCAGUGGCCCACCCAUCCCUUUGACCUUGUUCUUCGCAACUGCCGAAACUUGCCCACCGUAUCACAAGUCGCCACUCUUGAUAGCAUCUUCGCCAGUGAGACCAUCCGCGAAUUUCUCGUCAGGCUAUAUAUCAGCUCUGACAACGGCCUGCUGUCUAGUAGUAUGACCACUGGCUUCUUGUACUCACUCCCAAACCUCGUCGAGCUUCGAAUUCCGCUGGAUAUGGUCGAAGAUUUCCUCAUCCUGCCCGCCCCUGUCGCUGUCCUACCCAUCAAAGUGCUCGAGUUGGAUGAGCCAGGCUCUGGCUCAAUGCAGAAGAAAUUUACUUCAUUUCUUCGCGUCGCGUUGGAUACGAACCUAAGCAAUCUUGUUUCCUUGGGACUUCCCCAGAUCCCACCAGUACUAUGGAAGUGCAAUUAUCAUGCAAUUCAUAACAAACUCGCUGCACAUGUGCGAAAGACCCCCUCAGUUGAACUACCUGAUCUCCAUGGCUCCAGAUUACUCGGCUUAUGGAAUAUGAGCUACCCGCAGGAUAGUCCUGCAUGCUUAUGCUCUAGUUAG